GCAUCUUACUGCCAUCCACAGUCAGAAACCAAGGCUGCAGGUGAAAACUACCAUUCUAUCAAUUAAUCUAUAGACUAUUUUAUUGUAUUGUAAUUGAGUACCGCACUUAAUCCUGUGCAAUAACGACUGACCAUGUUUUUCGCCUACCUUUGCUAAUGUAUGUAACUGUUUUUAUGUCGUAUAGUGUUUUUGUAUGUACACCAUGCCUGUAGCCAGUAGCACUGCUAUCUAAAGGCCCGGUCACACCGCCCGAACUUUGCUGGAGCGUUCCUUGAACGGUAGGGAGGGGGGGCCGAAUUUCGACAACGCUUGUCACCGCGCACAAAAUGGGAAAAAAAAUCGAAAACACGGGUGUUGCCUUAGCGGUGCACCGCUGAAGCCGGUGUUGCUUUAGCGUUGGUUUAGCGGUAGCGAGCGUUGGUAUAGCGGCGUUCUGCGCAUGCGGGCGUUGGCUCGGCGGGGUUAUAAAGUUGGUUUAGCGGCAUACCGCUUGUGACUAGGAGCUGAACGGAUCGUUUUGAUACAAGUUCUGAUAGAUUUUUGAUAGAAGUUGAUAGUUGAAGUUCAUCAUGCCACGUGGACAAAAGAAGAGGAAGGCUGGAGAAGGAAAGGCAGCAGCCUCCAAGAAGAUCAUUACUGAGCAGGCAGCUGAAGCAAUGGAGUCAGAGACCAGUCAGGCCACAACUGCAGCCACUGCUAGCACAGCCACUGCUAACACAGCCACUGCUAACACAGCCACAGCUACUGCUAGCACAGCCACUGCUAACACAGCCCAGGCAGGGGCAGCUGCUGAUGAAGACUCUGAUGACCAGCCCGAGGAGGCCCUGACACAGGACCAGCCUGACGAUGAGGAGCUACCCCCUGGUGAUGACCAGCCUGAGGAGGGCCGUGCUGCUGCUGGUGCUGAAGACUCUGACUCUCAGCCCCCACACUUGGAGAGGGAUGAUGAACAGCGUCAGCCUCAGAAGAAGUCUCGCCGCAAGGCCCUACUGCUCGACGAUGACACUCAGGAGCAACUCAUCGAGUGGGUCCGGGAGCACGAACUUUUGUGGAGGAAGGGGGCCACCGACUACAAGGAUACAAAGAAGAAGACGGAGCUUUGGGCCAGGAAGGCAAGAGAGCUGGACAUUGAGGGGGGAGCUGAAGCUCUCAGGACAUGGUGGAAGUCAGUCCGGGACCUCUACGCGAAGCUGCUCUCCAAGAAGUCUGGCCAGGCUGCAGCGAACUUGACGGACAGAGAACUGUUCAUCCAGAGGACCUGUGCCUUCCUGCACAAGGAGGUGAAGCCCAGGAAAGGUCAGCCACUUAGAAGCAUACCCCUCACACAGGAACCUGUAGCCAGCCAGACUUCUGAUUUUAGCAGCCAGCCUCCAGCAGCUCAGUCCUCGGCGUCAGCCAGCACCUCUCGCCAGCCUUCCCACGACGUCAAGGAACAGGAAGAGGACUCCCUCUCGCUCAUUGAAACUCAAGCGGCAGUCACGAGGUCCCAGGGCACCCCCCCACCAGCUCCCUCCUCCACCACCACCAGACCACGCCGUGCCGCCACCAGAGCCGAGCCUGAAGCCUCCCCUGCGAUACUGGAGAUGAGGGAUUGUAUGAAGGCCACCAACGCCCUCAUGGAGAGACUGGUCCAAGCCCAGGAGAUCAGCCAUGCAAGGCAGCCCUUCAUCACGUACAUGUCCCAGUCUCUCCAACGACUACCUGAGGCCCAGUACCAGCUCGCAGUGGAGAGGAUGAUGGCCAUCCUCCACGAGAUGCAGCGACCCAUCCCCCACCCCCUUCCUCCACCUUCUACCAACAGCAGCAGCAGCACUACUUCCAGCCCCUGCCUCAGCAUCACAACUUCCAGCAGCAGCCUCUCGACUUCCAGCAACAGUCUCAGCCUCAGCAUCAGCCUCAGCACUUCCGGCAAUUGCAGACACACAGAGUCAGCCAGCCAUCCUCCCCCCCCAGGAGCUCCAACGAAGGACUCACCUUGUCAGGCAUGCCGAACUUAUGACAUUAAGAAUGAAUCAUAGCACAAGUUUCUUUAAUAAUCUCUCAUAACAUUUCAAACAAACAUAGCAUAAUUUAUUCAAUGCAUUUCCAAUACUGGGGCCCCAUUAACGUUCAAGUUUCUUUAACAAUGUCAAAUAACAUUUACAACAAAGUAAUAAACAUGAGUAUAUAUAA